AUGAGUUGCAUUAGCUGGAACUGCCGAGGGCUUGGGAACCCUCGGACAGUUAAUGACUUGCAUCUUAUGGUGCAGUCUGAGCUCCCAUCCUUUGUUUUCUUGAUGGAGACAAAGUGCAAGAGGCAUAAGGUGGAAUGUGUGAAAAGGUUAAUAAAGUUUGACAACAGUUUUGUUAUUGAUUGCAAGGGUUUUAGUGGUGGAUUAACUUUUCUUUGGAAAAAUGAUGUUGAAGCUGAAGUUCACUCUUACUCACAAAACCAUAUAUCUCUUAUGGUCAAGGGGGCAAAGGAAAGGGAGGACUGGCUUUUGACAGGCUUCUAUGGUUCACCAGUGACUGCCAGGAGACAAUCUAGUUGGAACUUACUUCAAGCUAUCAACCCUGUACAUUCUUUGGGGUGGCUUUGUUUAGGAGAUUUCAACGAAAUUCUUUUUAUUGGUGAUAAAAGUGGUGGUGCAGUGAGAGCUUUUAGUCAGAUGGAAUCUUUUAGAGACACUGUGGAGUUAUGUGGUCUGAGUGACCUUGGUUUUGUUGGCAACAAAUUUACUUGGUCUAAUGGUAGACAUGGUGCAUCCUUUACUAAGGAAAGGCUUGAUCGUGCUUUUGGCAAUAACUCUUGGUUGGACCUGUUUCCCAGCCAUAAAGUCCAUACUCUUCCAGCACUGAGCUCAGAUCAUUGCCCCAUCUUUGUGACUAUGGAGAAACAAGUCAUGGAUUCACUCAAAUGUAACAAGCCUUUCAGAUUUGAGGCGAGUUGGUCUCUCAAUGGGGAGUGUCAUAACAUCUUGGAGGAGGCAUGGAAUAAGCCUAGAAUGUCUAAUAAUAAACUCAAUUUUGUUGCAGAAGGUUUGAGGCAUUGCAAGGAUAAGCUGCUCCUAUGA